CUCGCACUCCAUUCACUCCACUCCACUCAAAAACAACCGCGCCAGCCAGCCACACAGUCCCGACCAGCCAGCUGGUCGCCUCACUCCUCGCUCGUGCGCGUUGUCCGGCGAGCAACGCUCGCUACGCGCGGCGCGGGUCAUGGCACUCCUGCUGCUGCGCAGCUGCCUCGCGCCGGUCAACGCCGGCGGCCCGGCGUUCCGGCCAGCGGAGACGACGAGCCGGCUUAGUUACCGCCGGCCGUCCCGGUUCGGCGCGGUCGUCGCCUCGGCCGCCGCGGCCUCGCCCUCCGGCGGCGACGGCGCGACCGCCGCGGUGGACGCGGUGCUGCGUGGCUCGGAGGGGUCCAAGGCCAAGGCGCGCGACUACGGUGGGACCAACGGCGCCGCUGUUUCCGGCACCGCCAGGUCCACGACCAUCGAGACCACCGUCGAGAGGAUCAUCUUCGAUUUCCGGUUCCUGGCUCUCCUCGCCGUCGCCGGAUCGCUGGCGGGCUCCCUCCUCUGCUUCCUCAAUGGCUGUGUGUACAUCAAAGAGGCGUACUGCGUCUACUGGACGAGCUGCGCCAAAGGUGUCCAUACAGGGCAGAUGGUCCUCAAGGUCGUCGAGGCCAUUGAUGUGUAUCUUGCUGGCACUGUCAUGCUGAUCUUCGGGAUGGGUCUGUACGGGCUGUUCAUCAGCAACGCGUCCAACGACCUGCCUUCCGGAUCCGACCGGGCUCUGCAGGGAUCGUCGCUGUUUGGGAUGUUCGCUCUGAAGGAGAGGCCCAAGUGGAUGAAGAUCACGUCGCUGGACGAGCUCAAGACAAAGGUGGGGCACGUCAUCGUGAUGAUCCUGCUGGUGAAGAUGUUCGAGCGGAGCAAGAUGGUGAAGAUCACCACGGGGCUGGACCUCCUAAGCUACUCCGUCUGCAUCUUCCUCUCCUCGGCCUCCCUCUACAUCCUGCACAACCUCCACCGGCCCGAGCACGAGGAGUCGGUGAUGCCCCACUUGUAGCUGAACCGUGCCACUCGCUCAGAGGCCAUAGCCUCGUGAUGUACAUGUACAUGUAGGUUGAUAUCUGGUCAAUGCAUCGACCCCGAUGUGCUAAGAACAGGAAACAAUCGCGGUCGAUUGGUUCUCUCUUCUCGCAACGACGAGCACGACGAACAUCUGUACUGUAACAGUGUAGGAAGGAAGAACUUGUUCUAAACAUUCAUAUGAAAAAUGUUGCUGUGAUCUUCA